AUGUCAGCUUCUAAAUUUAUAUAUUCAUCACCAGGACCAAAAACAUAAUCUGCAAUAUCCCUUGCAGGAGAUAGAGAUAGAGCGCUUUCACCUAGUAGAGCAAAGAUCUCUCAAUUAUCAGAAAAACUAUCCAAUCUCCAACAUUCAAUCGAUGAGGAUUAGGCAUUCAAAAAAGAAACUUUUGAAUAAAAGGUUAAGGUUUUAGAAGACAGAGCUAUAAAACAGCAAUAAGGAGAUGAAUCAAAGUUUAAGCUAUUAAAAGAAUAAUUGUAAAAAGUGGAGGAGGGAGCUUAAAAUGAGAAAAUCAUUAGAGAAAGAGGAGAUGAAAAAUUAAGAAAUAAAGAUUUGAAAGGGUUAGAAUUGGUUUUGGUAAAAGAAUUAUAGAUAGAAAAAAUAAAUAGAAAAGAUUAUGAAUAAAAAAUAACUAAAACAACAGAUGACAGAGUUUACAGUCUAAGAUUAGAUUUAGCAAGGUAAAAAAAGUACAGAGAAGAAACAGAGGAGAAAAAUGCAUAAGAAAUUGGGGAUAGAAUAUUACAGUUAUAGGAAGAAGUUGAAGAAGAAAGGAGAUUAAGGGAAGAAGGAAAUUAAUAAGUGAUCAAAAGAUUGGGAGAUUCCAUCUUGAAAUUAUAAGAAAUUUUAACAACUGAGAAAAAAUAGAGAGAAUCAGCAUAGGCUUAGAUGUUUAGAAUGCUGGAUGAAAUGAAUGCUUAUUUGAAUGGAGAGUUGAAUGCUGAAAAAAAUGAAAGGGAAGCCACCGAAGAGAGCAUUAUUAAUCUUAUUGAUCAAACUUGCAACAGGGUUGAAAAUUCUUUAAGAAAAUGA